GUCGGCCCGUUUCUUUCGGUUUAGGCCCCGCCCCUCGCAUCGUUGGUAUGUGGCAGAAGUUGCAGGCUGCUGCAGAGGGACUGUGAUCCGCGCACAGGAGAGCGCGCACGAGCCUCAGCGGAGAUAUUACUUUCUGGUUUUGUCUGGUUCCUCUUUUUUCUCUUUCUCUCCUCACUGGAUGAAGGAAUAUUUAGGAAUACGAAGCUGGUGGCACAGAGGGAUGACAUUUUAGUGAUUUGUUGUUCUUUAGAGACAGCUUGGGUGAGGACGCGCACUGCGCACAUGCACUUCUGGAUUAACGCACAAUUUACCGUCGAAUUCGUCACCAUGAAACACGCUGGUAAAUGAAUUCUCACCGCGUGUCCGCUCCUCACCUGCCGUGGCCCCCAAUCGCGCCCCGAUCCAGAUGAGAGAUCCCCCCGGUGGACCUGAACCGCUUUUACGCAUCCAGUCCCCGGAGCGCAGCGCUGACGACGACGACAUUGGUGAUCCGCACCGGAGGGUGACGGAGAGAUCGUGCGUUCCUAGACGCGCUCCCUGUGCUUCUCCCUCGGACCCCGCGCGACAAGCAAAAAGGCUUCCGAUCCGGAUCGUAAAGAUGUUGACGGCGCACAGCGGCCACUUGCUGCACCCGGAGUAUCUCCAGCCCCUCACGUCCGCGCCAGUCAGCAUCGAACUGGAUGCCAAAAAGAGUCCCUUGGCUCUCCUGGCCCAGACCUGUUCUCAAAUUGGCAAGCCAGACCCGCCUUCUUCGUCCAAGCUGGCCUCGCUCUCCUCAGGCAGUCUGGGAGACAAAGAGUCCUCCGGCCGCAGCUCAAAGCCUGGAGUCCAGCAGGCAGCGGAGGACAAAUCCAGCUUCAAGCCUUACUCCAAAUCAGCGGGUGACUGUCGUAAGGAUGUUCUGGUGAUGAAGGGGCCUUCAGACAAAGCCUCUUUCAGAGUGCCAAAUGGAAGCUCUAACGGUGGCACGGCUUCAUGUCCCAGCUUUCCUUCUCAUGCUCACUCGCCCAGUUCCAGCUCCCCACCCCUGCUCCCGCAGAGCCAGCCCCACAGACAAAGCCAUUCCCCAUCCACCGAGCUCCCGCCGCAAUCCCAGGCGCCGCACAUGGACAAGAAAGCCGGGAGCUCAGAGCAGAGCAGUUCAGACAGUAACAACAGCAGUGCAGGGAAAAAAGACUUGGAUGCGGUGGCUAAGACAGGGAUGGACGGAGCUCAGUUAGCCAACUCCAGCCACAUACGAGCUAGCGCUAACUCCAGCAAUGCUAGCUCUGCCAGCAGCCCGAGGCCAGAGGGCAAGGUUGAGCAGCCGCCGUCUUCCCAGCCGGGCCUGAGCUCUGGACACAUUGCUCCCAUCUCGCCUUUUAAACCUGGACAUUCUGUCUUUCCUCUUCCUCCGGCGACUAUGGGCUACCACGGCUCCAUUGUGGGCGCGUAUGCUGGCUACCCGUCGCAGUUUGUUCCAGGCUUGGACCCGACCAAGUCUAGCUUGGCAUUAGGACUUUCAGGGAAGCACCCCAGUUCCAGCCCACUCACUGGAGCGUCUCCUCCCUCCCUGAUGCAGGGCCUGUGCCGGGACCCGUACUGUCUGACGUACCCCAACACCCCCCACCUAGGAGGGAGUAACUGCUCCACCUGUGUUCAUGAUCCCUCCAGCCUCAAGUCUGGUUUCCCUCUGGUUUACCCGUCUCACCACCUCCACUCCCUGCACUCUGGCUCCUUGUCCUCCAGCAGCACCCCUUCUCUGUCCCACCCGCUCUAUACCUAUGGAUUCAUGCUCCCCAAUGAGCCGCUGCCCCACGCCUGUAACUGGGUGUCUGUUGGAGGCCCCUGUGACAAACGAUUUGCCACCUCGGAGGAACUGCUGGCUCACCUGCGUACCCACACAUCUUUGCCUGGGAUGGUGGACAGUAAGCUGCUGUCCACAUACCCCUCCUCUGUCUCAUCCACAGCCUCCUGCCACCUCCAUCUGCCUCCUCCUAGCAGCCCAGGGACUCUGCCAAGCUCCUUCUCCCUCCGAGGAUCUCCCGGUUUGGGAUUGGCCCGAUACCACCCCUAUAGCAAAACCCACCUAGCCGGAGCGCCAGGGCUUCCCAUGCCAUCCCUCCCCUCCUCCUCCGCCUAUUACUCCCCCUAUGCCCUCUACAGCCAGAGACUGGGCUCGGCCUCAGCCCUGGGAUACCAGUGAUAUCCGAAAUAGCAGCAGUGCUCACAGGCUGCUGGCACCGAGUCGGACUCCUCGGAGCAGAUCUGAAGAUAGAUUAUGACAACCGGGGUCAUGAGCAGGACGGGUCGUCACGCCUGCCAGGAAUAGCACCUGUUAGCCUCAGGAUUGUGACUGAUACUCCAAAGGCAAAUAAAUAAAUAAAUAAAACCCUGAUGGAUUGUCUGCAGCACAGAACCAAGAGACAUCAGCGAGAAAAGACGCUGGGAAACAAACGGUGAAAAUGAUGAAUUUAUCGGAUUGUUACAGUGGUUUGAAUUCUCUUUCCUCUUUCCUCUGGAUUUAAAAAUGUGUAUUUAUUUUUCACUAAAGCGCUUGGUAUUCAACUGUUAGGGGAAAUUUGCUGUCCAAAUACUUUUCUACUAAAUAUUGAAAUUAAAACAAAGUGACGAAAGUACAGCGUUAUCGCGCUGAUCAUAUGCGCAAAAAAUAAAAAUCCUGCACCACCAUGAAGAUGGACUUCAUUCCAGAGAGCUCUUUUUUUUUUUUCUUUUAUCUUCUCCUGCUUAUUCACACUCUGGAGGUCUGCAUGUCCAUGAAUAUUAUCUUGAACAAUGCCAUUAUUUUUAUUUAUAAAUAUGCAAAGAUGUAAUAUUUUUUCAAACUUUCCUGAAUGAGAAAGACGGGGGUAUAAGAGGAAAAUGGUACAAAGAUUACAUUAAAAAUAAAAAGAUGGCUGUGCUAUCCAACCAACAGGAAAAUUAAUUAUUUUGAUAAAUAAAUGAUACAUCCUUGCA